UCUUGAAUCCCUAAAUAUUUUCUUUCCUUCGGCUGAACAUCUCUAGCCGAACAUGGUAUCAGAGCCACGGAUUUAAGCCGUGCGAACCAGUGAUCGGAAAACACCAGCGGCAAUCGGAACAGUCCCCGCGCGACUACUUCCGGUGGAAACCAUGGUUGAUCCAUCCUCACCCUACUAUCUCGGAUCCGGGGAUCAACCCGGAAACGUGAUUACACACGUAAUCUUCAAAGGAGAUAACUAUGUGGCUUGGUCUCGGGCCAUUACUCUCUCGUUGAAGGCACGACGAAAAUUCGUGUUCGUAGAUGGGACCGAAAAGAAACCGACCGGGGCGGCAAAUUUGCUUAACUGGGAGACCGCUAAUUCAAUGGUGGUAUCUUGGUUGUUGAGAAGUAUGGAACCCAACGUGGCGGCGUCAAUCCCCUUCCACGACGAAGCUCGCGCAUUAUGGGUAUAUUUGGAAAAACGUUUUAGCGUUUCGAAUGGACCGAGGUUACAGCAACUUCGUGCUUCUAUAACAGGGUGUAAGCAGUCCAAUAAUAUGUCCGUGGACGCCUACUACACUAUGCUUAUGAGCCUUUAUGACGAAUUAAAUCGACUCAAACCUCUGCAUGCUUGCACCUGCGGUUUAUGCACAUGCAACGUUGCUGCAAAGUUUGCCGCGGAACGUGAAGAAGAACAAUUCCAUCAGUUUUUGAUUGGAAUUGAUGACGACAUAUUUGGGACCGUGCGUUCAAACUUACUGUCACAGACUCCUCUGCCUACUCUGGAACGUGCUCACCAAGCUUUCUUGCAAGAAGAAAAUUCCCGGGCUAUAGCUCGGGCAAAGCAGCCAGCCAUGAUAGACGUGCAAGCUUUUGCGGUUACGAAAGGACGUCAAGAACGAGUUGAUAAGACCAAACUUAUGUGUACCCAUUGCAAACAAAAGGGUCACGAAGUUGGGGCGUGUUUCAAGUUGCAUGGCUACCCAGAUUGGUGGGAGGAGAGGAACCGCACCAAAAAUUCUACUGCCGGCCGAGGAGGAGGUGCUCGAGCCCAUGCCGUGACGGCGGCCACCGGCAGUGAUCCAGGUCCCAGCACCGGCAGUAGCGCCGGGACGAACACUGGCAGCGGCAAUUCUUCUAGCAAGGUAUACAACGCGUUGAGUGACCUGAGUGCGGCACAGGUUCAAGCUCUCUUGAAUUUAAUUAAUGUUGAUCCUGGCUCCUGUGAUCGCAUGACGGGACCUACCCUCGAGGAACCUGAUUGGAGCAGGUGAAAGGAGAGAUGGGCUAUAUUAUUUCCGGGGUGUACCUGCGCUACACGCUGUUCAUGCAUCAAGCUUGUCAGAUUUUGAACUGUGGCAUCGUCGGCUAGGUCAUCCAUCAGAUCGUGUUUUAAAAUUUUUACCUCACAUUACUAAUAGUAGUUCUGCGAAUAAAUCAAAUAAGGCUUGCGAGGUGUGUCCGCAAGCCAAGCAAACUCGGGAAUCUUUCCCUAUCAGUAGUUAUAAAAGCACUCGUGUUUUAGAAUUAAUACACUGUGAUUUGUGGGGUCCGUAUAACACGCCUUCUACCUGUG